AGUUUUUGGUGCUUACGCCAAAGGGGGAGAGAGUGGAGAGAUGUGAGUCAGGAGGAGCGUUUGGUAGCUAGACUUUUGGAUCUUAUGAUGUGCUACUCUCAUGCAUCAUGUCACUUUUGUGCACUUGUAUAUAUUGCCUGCUACUGUGUUUGACAUGUGCUUGCGCUUUAUCCAUAUGCUUUGCCAUGUCUAUUGGUGAUUGCGAAUGUGUUUGAUCACCUAAAUCUUUAUUCAUAGGCGUUGUUGGACUCGAAUUGCGUGAACUGGCUAGCACUUUUAUCUUAUUUGGAACAAGUUCAUGCACUUAAAGUGUGUCGUACCUCACAUUCCAUUCACAUUAUAUGUUUGAAGGUUGUGUUGUCAUCGAUCAGCAAAAAGUGGGAGAUUGAAAGAGCAACUAGGCCUCUAAUUUGAUUUUGGCGAUUAAUAACAAUAUAAUUAUUGCGACUAAUGUGUGUUUUGCAGCAGCAAUAUUAAGUUAGUGCAAUGAUGGGUUUCAUGGUUUUCUUAGCCCUCCUUGUUAUGGUUCUCAUUGAGUUGGUUCAAAGGAUUUGCGCGGAGAUUAAGGAUAAGGUAGUUCUAAGUGUUGUUCGGUGUUGAGAGACGCUUAAAGUAGUUUAGGAUUUUAUUUUUAUAGAGUAGUUUAGGAUUUUGUUUUUCUUUUGAGUUGUAGCAUGACCUAAGCCUGGAAUUAGGUGUAAUGCACACUUGUGAAAAUCUAGUAGUGCAGUUGAAGCCAUGAGACUUGAGUGAGAAACUAAAAAAAAAUCGAAUUAGAUGAGUUUGCUUAACUCGAAGCUCAGUUUCGUCCAAUGAAAAUUAGGUGACCCGUGACCGAAUGAAAAGCAGGACAGACCGAUCAAUUCGGUGCUGUCAGGAUUUGAGAUUUUUUUAUAUAUAUUUUUCACCAUUUUUUCCGGAUGCUGAACUGAGUUUCCAGAAUUGUUUCCGGUUUUCACAAAAUGUAUUAUUGCUUUAAAUCCAGGUCGGAUUUUGAAUCUUCCCCGAUACGGGGCCCCAGCCCCCACGAAAAUGCCUUUUUGCACAUCGGCCCCUCAAACUCCUCCGCCUCCCGCCAUGCCGCCUCUCUCGGCCUCGGCCACCGCCACCCGCUUCGCCGCCCACUGGGUCGCCGACGCCCUCGCCGGAGACGAGACCCUCGAGUUCUCCGUCCUCAAGGCGCUCGUGGGCGCCUCGCCGGAGUCCCUCGCGGGCGCCCCCGAGGCCACGCGGGAGCGGGUUGCGCUCCGGUGCCUGGAGGAGGUGUCGGCCGUGGUAGCUGCUGGGGGAGAUGCCGCGGGGACGGGGAAGGCGCUUAGGGUUGAUGACGACCGGUCAUGUGAGGAUUUGCUGCUUCAGCUUAUUGGAGAGGUUGGAAAUUCUGGAAACUUGGAGAAGGAUUUGCUUCCACCUUUCAGUCAAGACAUCCAGAAUAUUAUUUGCAUCAAGAAACCUACAUUACCACAAACUUCCUUUGAGUUGCUAAGAGAAGUUGAUCCGGACAUCGAGUCUAUGGCCCCAUCAUCCCAACUGGAGCAGAAUGUCACCACCCAACUUGACAAUGAGCAGUCCCUGAGCAGUAGCAAUGAUCAUGUAAGUAUAGAGAAGCCUAGGCUUCCUACGGACAAUGGGGAGCUUCAGCAAGAGGCCCUGGUAAAUUUAGUGGAUGAAUCAGACUCAAGUAUUGAAAAGGAUUCAGUCGCACCAACUUCUGUUCUUCACCAACCAUGCACAUCCGACAGUAAGUGUCGCUAUCCUCUGCAAGAAGAUGCUAUAGAUGCUGCUAGUUUGGGUCCCAGGUCUCAAGAGAGGAGUCGUAUUGUGGAGGGGAACAUUUCAGUUGAAACCGUGCCUGCUUCGGCUAGCUGUGAUGCAGCUUUGCAGGGAAGCAUUACUGAACCAUUGUCCAAGCAUGUUAUGGAGUAUCAUACUACCGUGGUUCAACGACAAUCUAAUAGAGAAACAUCUCAAAGCCCACCACACUAUAUCGAUGGAGGGAGACCACAUGAUGAUAGCACUAGCGAUCUGCCAUUGAAGGAUCCCAGGCAUGAAGAGUUCUCCGUGCAUACCACUGUAAAUCCAGAUAUUGACAGAAGCAGUGAUGCUUUACCAACAAAUGCAUCUAAACCUGAGUUUGUUACCACACCGGAUACAACCAUGAUUUCACAACCUGACAGCAGCGGAACUCAUCUGAGUACUCUGCAGAAUGGAAGUGGUGAGAGAGUAAACCAACAUCUAGAUGAUGUCAGCGCAAGUAUUGAGCCAGUGGAAAAGGACCAUGUUUAUGAGGAGCUGACUCUGCAAGCUGCUAGUGCUUUACUUUCUAUAAGCUGCAAUGAUGAUAUUCAAGGAGGGAAAUCUGAAACCAACCAUCAGUCAGGGAAUACUACAGAGCAUACUAUGGUGUUUGAACAACAGAAUGUCGACAGGUCACAUCUAGAAGUCAGUAGUGCCAACAAGAUUAAUCAAGCACUACAUGAUGGCAGCAUCCAGGAAAAUAAUGCGGUUAAUGGUGGGCCUAAUGCACGGAUUGCUCCAAGUUCACAACCCUGCAACAUAGCCUUUCAUGAUAAAAUUUCAGAAGCUGAUUAUUUAUCUGAGAAUACUGGAAAGAACAGAAGUGAUGUUCAGAAAUGUGGUUGCAGUGCGUCUGUUCCAAGCUCUGCUCAGGAUGGAGACGGAAAAGGUGCAACGAAGAUACCGAACAAGGAAACUUUUGGGGAUACCUCUGUAGAAGUAUCUGUCCCUUGCUCAGAUUAUAGUUUACGUGGCACUGCUGCUGCUGGUCUUCUGGCAAUGACUGACAAAAUGCCUUUCCAUACCAAGGAUCAAGACAUUAAUGAUUCUCUUGGGGACUUGUCACAACAAGAUUUGUGCAUAAAAUGUGGCAAAGAUGGUCAGUUGCUGAAAUGCAGCAGCUGUUUGUUAACUGCUCAUGAUAGCUGUUUUGGUUCAUCAGCAACAUUUGAAGAUACUGGACUAUUCUACUGCCCAGUAUGCUUCUAUACAAAAGCCACUGAAGCAUAUAAAAAUGCAAAGAAAACAUAUUGUGAAGCUAGGAAAAACCUAGCUGCUUUCCUUGGCACAACACAUUUGGUCAAGCAACAUGAUGAGCAACCAACUGGAGCUCUGCCAGGAGCUGCCAACAGAAAGGGACAUUCAAAUGAGUGUGACUCGCCAACAAGGAAAAAUAUCGAUCAAAAUGAAGCAGAUAACCUUACUCAUCAGGAUGAAGAGCCUUAUCAACAGAGGAAGAAGCAGAAAAUAAAUGCUACAGGUAAUGGUUAUCCUGAACAGGUAGUUACUGAGAAGGUUCCUUUUCCGAGUUCUGAUGUUGCACCCGUGAAUAAACAUACCGUUCUCAAGAAUAAUAGUAGCAAGAGAGUCCAGGGUGCAGAUAAACAGCAGCAGGUGGAAAGCAAAGAAGCUGGCAAUGAUAAUUCCUCCCAUGAAACAAGAAGUUUAUCUCAGAAAAAAUGUGGUCCUCCUGCAAAUGAGGAAGUUGAGGCUGACAGGGAGGAUGGUCUUGCAAAUUCUCACCAACCUGAUGAUACUGAUAAAUUAGAAGCCACAUCUUCAAAUGACUCUGGCAAUAGAUCAUCCCCACCUUGGCGUAACCUGAGACACAGCAAAGCAAGAUUACAUGCGGAGGAGACAAUGGCAUCAAGUAGCUAUAGAAAAACUGCACAGAAGGAUCAGCACAUGCCAUCUUCAUUGAGACAAAGAAAUUAUGCAUAUCAACAGAAGCGUUAUUCCAAUCCUGUUGUACCAAGUGGAAGGCGUUCAAAGCUCUGUUGGACAGAAGAAGAAGAAGCAGCUCUGAAGGAAGCAAUGGCAAAAUUCACCCCACAGGAUGACACGCCAAUUCCAUGGGUUCAGAUACUAGAGUACGGUAGGGAUGUGUUCCACAGGACGCGCCUCCCAUCUGACUUGAGAGUCAAGUGGAGGAACAUGAAGAAGAGAGCAGGCUAUUGAUUCUGGCAAUCUCACAUAUGCAGCCAUUGUUUCAUAUUAGGUUACGGACCCCCGUUUUGUCUCUUUGAGCCCAUCCGUUGCCAUACCUCGGAACAGUGUAUUAAAUACUGCGGGUGCUAACUCCUCAGUGUGAGCAGGAAUGGGAAGUUCUAGUGGCAGCAAUGUUGGUGUUUGGUAAGAUUUAGCAUAUGUAGAUGCGCAAUCGCACAGCAGGAAUGGAAUGUUCUCUGUUGUGCGGCAUUUUGCUCCCGUUUCCCAAGCCAUACCUGGCAGAAAUUACCAGGUUAUUGUAAAAAGAAAGAAAUGUUUAUCCUUGACUGAAGAGCUGAAGCGGCCAGCACUGUCUCUCUGCUUUCUGAGUAGAAUCCUUCUGCA